AUAUUCGAACACUUUUUCGAAUCGUGAUAUCAACCAUGACGUCUGCCUAUUUUGGAGUUGCCGGUGGGAGCAAUACUGGUGCACAAUCGGCUUACUUUGGAGUUGGAGGAGGACCAGCAGGAGGAGGCGGUGGAGCCUCGAAGGUUGGAGGUGGUGCUGCACCACCACCAGGAACAUCAGUCUACAUGGGAGCCGGAGGUGGAGGUGGAGGUGGCGGAGCCCAGUCUGCUUAUUUCGCUGUUGGAGGAGCACCAGUCGGGGGAGCACCAGCUGCCGUCUCUAUUGGAGCCCCACCACCAGCUGGCGGAGGUGGUGCCUCAACAAUGACUGCUCUUGGUGGAGCUCCAUCAGGAGCUUCUACUAUGACAGCUGUAGGAGGUGCCCCGAGAGGAGCAUCUACCAUGACUGCCGUCGGAGGAGUACCAUCCGGAGCCAGCACAAUGACCGCUGUCGGCGGAGCACCAACUGGAGCCAGCACUAUGACUGCUGUCGGAGGAGCACCAACUGGAGCCAGCCCUAUGACGGCCUUUGGAGGAGCACCAACUGGAGCCAGCACAAUGACCGCUGUCGGCGGAGCACCAACUGGAGCCAGCACUAUGACGGCCGUUGGAGGAGCACCAACUGGAGCGAGCACAAUGACCGCUGUUGGUGGAGCACCAACUGGAGCAAGCACCAUGACCGCCGUCGGAGGAGCCCCAACCGGAGCAAGUACAAUGACCGCUGUUGGUGGAGUCCCAACUGGAGCGUCUACAAUGACUGCUAUCGGAGGAGCCCCAUCUGGUGCUUCCACUAUGACCGCUGUGGGAGGUGCUCCGAGAGGAGCUUCAACCAUGACUGCUGUCGGUGGAGCACCAACUGGAGCUUCUACGAUGACAGCUGUUGGGGCAGCCCCAGGCGGAGCUUCCACCAUGACUGCUGUCGGCGGAGCCCCCCGUGGAGCAUCUACAAUGACCGCCGUCGGAGCCCCAGGAGGUGGAGCGUCUGCUCUUGGAGCCGCACCACCAGCCGGAUCAAUGAGCGGAGGAGGUGGUGGAGCCACGUCUGGGUACUUCGGAGUUGGACAAGGAGUUAUGGGAGGUGGAGGUGCUGUUGGCCAAUCUGCCUACUUCGGAGUUGGUGGAGGAGCUGCUGGAGGUGCCAAGACUGGAGGCGGUGGCGGAGGUGGAAUCCCCGGACAAUCGAUGUACAUGGGAGCCGGAGGCGGCGGAGGAGCUGGAGGAGGUGCCACAUCUGCAUACUUUGCACCCAAGUAAGAAGAAAAUAUUGGAAUGUUUUGAACUUUUAUAGCCAAUAAACAGUAGAAAGUCGGUUUUAAA